CAGCCGGGUCGAUACUCUCACUUGUCGCCUGAUACCUAUACACGGAGCAAUAGGUAGAGCGUACCAUAAUUAUUCUUCUCCCUUGAAUGGUACUACACAAUAGACGCUCGAGAAUACAGAAACCACAGAAUCCCAAACAAAAGUCUUAACUACUGACAAUUCCUACCUAAUAUAUAGAAAUUUAUCUCAGAACAAAUCAGGAGCAACGAGCGUUGGAAGCUUUCGCCAUAUAUUGAUUGAGGAGGAGCGUAGUCCCCCGUCCAGAUGUUACUGUCCAGUGUCUUUGGGUCCUCCAUAAGAAACUACGACAGAUAGAGAAAAAAGAUGGAUUAGCAGGGCCGGGACAUAUCUCGUUGUCACUAUGCGUCCCGCGGUAUAUGCCAGUGUGGUCCGCAAUAGGCACAAGUCACGCGGGGACCGCACCCAUCGAAUACAGCCCCACGGCUUCUCCAUGAGAAGACUUUUAGCCAUGGUUUUUGUAGGUGCUAUACUUCUUGCUCCAGGUUUGACCUUGACCGUCCUUGGCCUAGAUGAUACAAAAGAUGAAAAUGAACGAGUUGCUCAAUCUGAAAGAGUCCUUUAUAAAGUGCUUGGUCCGAUAUCCUGUGCUGUGGGUAGUUUUAUUCUGGUGGCUGCUGUCUUCUACUACUUCUGUUACGGAUUGGCUGACCAGUCACGUCGCCAAAGACAUUCAUCUUCAAAAUCAAAUACAAGUCAUCAUGGUUUAACGGCGUACUCCAGUGUUAACAGCGACAGACCGCAGGAAAACCAGGACCUUCCGCUAAACUCCUCCAGCAAAAGCAGACGACACUCCUCUCAUACGUCAUUACAUCGUCAUCACCAUCAGGAAAAAGAGGCUGGAUCUGGUCAGGAGAAAACCCAAAGGUCUCCAGAAGAAAUGGAAAUCAAUGUGGCGACAGGCACUGAGGAAGACAUGCAGUCUCGAUAGGAGCAAGAGAGUAUUCCUGAUCCUCCGUCAUGUAGCAAUUGUCUGAAAACAAAACAAUCAGAAAUUCUCACAGGGAUAUUUAUAUAAAACCGUCACCUUAUUCUCAACGGACGCAUGUGGAGAAAAAGACUCUCGUCUAAGGAAUGAUGUUUUUUAUGCUUGACUAUACAGUCUACAAAGUGGCCUUGGUGAACAAAAAAUGGCCUUCGGUUUAACGAAGUCCUCACAUGUGAACCAAAGAAUUGGCGUUUUUACUUUAUAGGACGAUAUUGAUAUCUACAUUAGAGAAAUAUGUGUAUAUUAACUGUAUUUAUACAUAGGUUUAAUAUCAACAUAAUUUUUUUAGGUUUCUUGUAACCUUGCACAUAUCAGUUUUGUUAAGUUAAAGUUUUGUAUGGGUUUCAGUGUCAUUGUGAAAUCCUUAUUGCCCAAUAUUUCAUAUUGAAUAAUACUAGAAUAAUAAUUUUCUAAAUCUUUGACUACAUAUAUAUUUGAAACAUUGAUUCUUUGUACAGUAAUUUGGUACAGGCCUAAGUACUUAUCGCCGUAUCAAAACGUAUGUCCGCCGAAGGCACAUGUCCAAUCUAGAUAUUACAUGUAUUUUUUUUCUGCAUAACUAGUCACUGUGAACAAUGUCAUAUUUCAAAAGUAUUAAUUCUGUUUUAAAUCCAUUCUAUCAUUUCAAAAAACUCAAUAUCCAGCUUCAUCUUGUAAAACUCUAUUUUCCUACUUCGUUAGUUCUGUUAAUAUGGUGUGAAAAAUCAUGAUUCUCUGCUAAAAUCAAUUGCGCAUAUGUAUCAUGUUGUAAAUUUUGAAUUUAAUUACUAGGGGGAGGCAUCAAAGAAAGUAACAAUUACAGAGCUCUUACAACAUAUAGUAAUUUAUUUAAAAUCGAUCAUUACUUUCGUCAUAAAAAUAUCAACAAUUCGGUUUACAAUUUUGUAUGUAAAUUCUGAGUCGUUGAAAUGGAAAUGUGGCUCACAAUCUUUUCUUCUUUAGAGAAGUAGAUACGUGGAUAUAGGCGAAAGCCUUACCACUUCUCGUAAGAGAAUAGGCAGUCUCUAAAUUGUGUCGCAUACAUAAGUGAACGAGACUGAUAUAUAAGCCCCAGAAACCCAUCGUUCUGACCAAAAUAAAAAAAAAUGCAGGUUAAUUGUAAUGCCACAGGAUGACAUUUGUAAAUGCCAAGGGCUCUCGAGUUUGAUGUUUUGUGUUAGCUCUGUGCACUGUAAUACAUACCGUCUAUUAUUUUAUUGUCGGCCAGGGACCACCAUGACAAGGUGCUAAAUGAUGUAACAGGAGCCGAGAACAUCGCUAGAAGCUGCUUUCUCCACGUCUCCUUUUGCUGGUUGACUUUAUAAUGAAAUUGCAUUUUACUUUUUUCUAAUUAAUGUAAAUUAAAUGUAUGAUGUUUGCAAAAAAAUUAGUAUGUACAAUUUUUGUAAAACCUUACAGAACUUUUACAUUCUUAAAGCAUUUAAAAAAAAUGUUCAAGACAUGAUGAACCUUUAAGAACAAGGGAUAUCCCCCCCCCCCCCCCCAAACACACACUCCUUGACCAUUUGACUUUUUGUUAUAGAAAGUGUUAGUUUCGUAUUUUUCCAUGUUCAAAUACAACUUAAAUAUUCUCUAAACAAUAUUAAUAUCAGAAAUAAAGAAAAUAUAAUACUCUUGAAAACAUCACAACAGGAUAUACAUAUUCAUCUGCAAUCAUUGGAACCUCGUACUCAAAGCACCAAGCUAUAGCGCACUGUUCUAAUUACUAUCAGAUCUGUUGAGAAGUGGACAGGUUUUUGCCUUCAUGUGGAUGAAGACAAAAAAAGCUGUCCACUUCUCUAAGGAGAAUAUGUUCCAAUAUUUCGCUAAUAUAAUUUAUAAAUUUUAAGUCGAUUUUCUAUAUGUCACUGAUCACAUCCGCCAUGUUUUUUUUUUCUCUCCACGUUUGCAUUUUCGACACAGGGUAUUAUAAACGAUCUCUCAAAUUUUGAGUGUUAUACUAGUAUACAAAGGGUCAUUGCACGACAUAACGAAAGAAUCUGAGCUUUUGGGAGUACAUUAAAGCGCUCUCUUUUGUUGUGACAGUCAAUUCAAUAUUGUUUUAAGUUUAAUCUUUUAAUACUGCCUUUGUAUGUCAAAAACUAAUAUUUUAUUGUGAAUAAAACACA